GACUACCCCUGAUUGGGGCAGGGAGGCCGGAGGAGACGCUUGGCUUUAUUAAGCUCCCGGCCGAUCUGUUGGAAAGGAGAGAGAGAAACCAGCGACCCCCCACCCGGGGCUAAAUUCGCCCCUAGCCGGAUUAAUCUAGGUGGGGUGGGUAUAAUCCCCCGCAUGGCUCGGCUCUUCGGGGGGAUGAGCGCGGCGUGAAACCCCCCCGAGCGGGGCACCGGCCGGCCGAGGACCAUGGCGGCGCUGGCCAGCUCCUUGAUCCGGCAGAAGCGGGAGAUCCGGGAACCCGUCGCCAGCCGCCCCGUGGCCCCCCAGAGGAAGGUCUGCCCCCGCGGCACCAAGUCCCUCUGCCAGAAGCAGCUGCUCAUUUUAAUCUCCAAGGUCCGGCUCUGCGGCGGGCGGAAAGGCCGGCUGGAAAAAACACCUGAGCCGCAGCUGAAAGGCAUCGUGACCAAGCUCCUCUGCAGACACGGGUUCUACCUCCGCCUGCACCCGGACGGGAGCAUCGACGGGACGAAAGAAGACGCCAACAGCUUCACUCUCUUUAACCUGAUCCCCGUGGGCCUGCGCGUGGUCGCCAUCCAGGGUACCAAGUCGGGGCAGUAUAUCGCCAUGAACGCAGAGGGCUACCUCUAUACCUCCGCUCACUUCACCGCCGAGUGCCGGUUCAAGGAGUGUGUCUUCGAGAACUACUACGUCACGUACUCCUCCACCCUGUACCGCCAGCGCGAAUCCGGCCGCUCCUGGUACCUGGGCAUCAACAAGGAAGGGCAGCCCAUGAAGGGAAACCGAGUCAAGAAGACCAAAGCCGCCGCCCACUUCCUGCCCAAGCUAUUGGAAGUGGCCAUGUACCGCGAGCCGUCGCUCCAUAACGUGGUGGACCCCUCGGCGCCCCAGAAAUCAGACGAGGCCGGGGCCCCCAGCAAAGAGACAGCCAAGCCCCGCAAGGCGACGUAACCCCGAGGGCGGGGAGGGGCGUCGGCGCCGCUCCAGCAGCGCCCCUCCCUCGCACGGUCCCGCUCUGCCCCCUUCUGCUCAGGACGCCUGCCUACCUACAUUCAACCUCUGGACCUCAGAAAAAAAAAUGCCAUCGAGGGUGUAAUACCCUUUGCCACCACUGGGAGGGCGACAUUGCCCUGCUGGAGAAAUAAUUUGGGGGGUGUGUGUAUAUAUCUAUAUCUAUACGGUCUUCCAUGCCAGCUGAGGGCAUGAUUCCUUGUUGCGCCAACAAGGAAUUGACAUUGGGAAAGGUUCUGGUCUAUGCCAGCUUCCUUUGCAGCAAUAAGGGCGCGAUGCCUUUUCCCGCCAGCGGAGGGCGACGUUGGGAAAGCGUCUGAUUGCCGCAAUAAGGGCGCGAUGCCUUUUCCCGCCAGCGGAGGGCGACGUUGGGAAAGCGUCUGAUUGCCGCAAUAAGGGCGCGAUGCCUUUUCCCGCCAGCGGAGGGCGACAUUGGGACAGCGUCUGAUUGCCGCAAUAAGGGCGCGAUGCUUUUUCCCGCCAGCGGAGGGCGACAUUGGGACAGCGUCUGAUUGCCGCAAGAAGAGCGCGAUGCUUUUUCUCGCCAGCGGAGGGCGACAUUGGGAAAGCCUGUUCGAAACAUCCCCUUCCAUGGCCCAGCGGACGAUAACGCUUUUCGACCGCUGGGGCGCAGCGGGAAAGGAUGUUCUGGGCGAGAUCUUCCCUUUGCAAUAAUAAUAAGAAUAAUAAUAAUAAAUUGGGUCUCCUGCCCUCUUCCGGCGGAGGGCGGAGACACUGGGCCGUCGCCCCCUGGCGUGAGACCACCGAGUGGCGACACGGUCACGUUGGGAGAGACUAUUACCUACGCCAUUUUCCCUUGCAAUAAAAAGACGGCGUCUUCCUCUUUCCCGCCAGCAGGGGGUGACAUUGUCACACUGGGGAGGGGACAGAUGGUUCUUGUUGAUACCGUUUCUCCCCACUAGGUGUCAACCCGGUCGCAGCAGGAGAGAGGGUCCCAGACGUCACCGGGGCGUGGUACCUUCUUUGACCACCAGGGGGUGACAUUGUCACAAGGGGGGAGGGGAAGAGAGCCGGCGGUUCCAGAUUUCUUCGCCGUUUCCAUGGAAAUGAGAAGCCAAUCCGGGGGGGGGGGGAAAUGAGGGGCGACCGGGAACUCCGCCCCCCUUUUCCCGCCGGCGCCAACAUGCCAAAUACUGUAGGACGCAGCCCUGCAACAACAGGAGCCA